AAAAUUCAACAUACAAUGACUUCCCAGAAUCAAGAACGGCUAUGUGCAUUUAAAGAUCCAUAUCAACAAGACCUUGGGAUAGGUGAGAGUCGAAUCUCUCAUGAAAAUGGAACAAUAUUAUGUUCAAAAGGUAGCACAUGCUAUGGCCUUUGGGAGAAGUCAAAAGGGGACAUAAAUCUUGUAAAACAAGGAUGUUGGUCUCACAUUGGAGAUCCCCAAGAGUGUCACUAUGAAGAAUGUGUGGUAACUACCACCCCCUCCUCGAUUCAGAAUGGAACAUACCGUUUUUGCUGCUGUAGUGCAGAUUUAUGUAAUGUCAACUUUACCGAGAAUUUUCCACCUCCUGACACAACUCCACUCAGUCCACCUCAUUCAUUUAACCGAGAUGAGACUAUAAUCAUUGCUUUGGCAUCAGUCUCUGUAUUAGCUGUUUUGAUCGUUGCCUUAUGCUUUGGAUACCGAAUGGUGGCAGGAGAUCGUAAACAAGGUCUGCACAGUAUAAAUAUGAUGGAAGCAGCAGCAUCAGAGCCCUCUCUUGACUUAGAUAAUCUGAAACUGUUGGAGAAAACAGAUCAUUAUAAACCUGCAAUUUCCCAUCGAGACUUAAACAGCAGAAACGUGCUGGUGAAAAAUGAUGGAACCUGUGUUAUUAGCGACUUCGGUUUGUCUAUGAGGCUGACAGGAAAUAGAUUGGUACGCCCAGGGGAAGAAGACAAUGCAGCCAUCAGUGAGGUUGGUACAAUUAGGUAUAUGGCACCAGAAGUGCUAGAAGGAGCUGUGAACCUGAGGGACUGUGAAUCAGCUUUGAAGCAAGUAGACAUGUAUGCACUUGGACUGAUCUACUGGGAGAUAUUUAUGAGAUGUACAGAUCUCUUCCCGGGUGAAUCUGUUCCAGAAUACCAGAUGGCUUUUCAGACAGAAGUUGGAAACCAUCCCACUUUUGAGGAUAUGCAGGUUCUUGUGUCUAGGGAAAAACAGAGACCCAAGUUCCCAGAAGCCUGGAAAGAAAAUAGCCUGGCAAUGAGGUCACUCAAGGAGACAAUUGAAGAUUGUUGGGACCAAGAUGCAGAGGCGAGGCUUACAGCACAGUGUGCUGAGGAGAGGAUGGCUGAACUCAUGAUGAUAUGGGAAAGAAACAAAUCUGUGAGCCCAACAGUCAAUCCAAUGUCUACUGCUAUGCAGAAUGAGCGCAACCUGUCACAUAAUAGGCGUGUGCCAAAAAUUGGGCCUUACCCAGAUUAUUCCUCUUCCUCAUACAUUGAAGACUCCAUCCAUCACACUGAUAGCAUUGUGAAGAAUAUUUCCUCUGAGCAUUCAAUGUCCAGCACACCUUUGACUAUAGGGGAAAAGAACCGAAAUUCAAUUAAUUAUGAACGACAGCAAGCACAAGCUCGAAUCCCCAGCCCUGAAACAAGUGUCACCAGCCUGUCCACCAACACAACCACCACAAACACGACUGGCCUCACUCCAAGUACUGGCAUGACCACUAUAUCUGAGUUGCCAUACCCAGAUGAAACAAAUCUCCAUGCCACAAAUGUUGCACAGUCAAUUGGUCCAACUCCUGUGUGCUUGCAGCUGACAGAAGAAGACUUGGAGACCAAUAAGCUAGACCCAAAAGAAGUUGAUAAGAACCUCAAAGAAAGCUCUGAUGAGAACCUCAUGGAGCAUUCUCUUAAACAGUUCAGUGGGCCAGAUCCACUGAGCAGCACCAGUUCCAGCUUGCUUUUCCCACUCAUAAAGCUUGCAGUGGAAGUGACGGGACAGCAGGACUUCACACAGGCUACAAAUGGCCAAGGGUGUUUAAUUCCUGAUGUUCCGCCCACUCAGAUCUAUCCUCUCCCUAAGCAACAGAACCUUCCUAAGAGACCUACUAGUUUGCCUUUGAACACCAAAAGUUCAACAAAGGAGCCCCGACUAAAAUUUGGCAGUAAGCACAAAUCAAACUUGAAACAAGUAGAAACUGGAGUUGCCAAGAUGAAUACAAUCAAUGCAGCAGAACCUCACAUGGUGACAGUCACCAUGAAUGGUAUGGCAGGUAGAAACCACAAUGUCAACUCCCAUGCUGCCACCCAGUAUGCAAAUGGGGUGGUACCAUCUGGCCAGACAGCCAAUAUAGUGGCACACAGGGCCCAAGAAAUGCUGCAGAAUCAGUUUAUUGGUGAGGACACACGGCUAAAUAUUAAUUCCAGUCCUGACGAGCAUGAACCUUUACUGAGACGAGAACAGCAAGCUGGCCAUGAUGAAGGUGUUCUGGAUCGUCUCAUGGACAGGAGGGAGCGGCCACUAGAAAGUGGCCGAACUAAUUCUAAUAACAACAAUAGCAAUCCAGGUUCCGAACAAGAUGUUAUUACACAGAGUAUUUCAAGCACAGUAGCAGAUCCUGGGCCAUCAAAGCCCAGAAGAGCACAGAGGCCCAAUUCUCUGGAUCUUUCAGCCACAAAUGUCCUGGAUGGCUACAGUGUACAGGGUGAGUCAACACAGGAUGGCAAGUCAGGAUCAGGUGAAAAGAUCAAGAAACGUGUGAAAACUCCCUAUUCUCUCAAGCGGUGGCGCCCCUCUACUUGGGUCAUCUCCACUGAACCACUGGACUGUGAGGUCAAUAACAAUAGCAGUGACCGAGCAGUUCCUUCCAAAUCUAGCACCGCUGUUUACCUUGCAGAAGGAGGCACUGCCACAACCAUGGUGUCUAAAGAUAUAGGAAUGAAUUGUCUGUGAAAUGUUUUCAAGCUUAUGGAGUAAAAUUAUUUUUUGCAUCAUUUAAACAUGCAGAAGACAUUUUUUAAAAACUGCUUUAUCUUCCUGUCAGUACCCCCUCCCAUACCUGCAACAAGGACUUGCUUUAGAUUUCAGCUAUGCAGAAAAAUUUAGCUUAUGCUUCCAUAUUUUUUAAUGUUUUUAAGUUUUGCACUUUUUGUCUAAUCUCGCUAAAGUUGUAUUUGUCUGUUAUGACCACAGAAUUAUACGUGUGUGUGUGUGUCUGUGUGUGUGUGUGUGUGUGUGUAUCAAAAGUGGUCUCAAAAUAUUUUUUUAAGAAAAAAGGCAAAAACAAUGUAUUGCUGAUAAUCAGUUUGGACCAUUUUCUAAAGGUCAUUAAAACAGAAGCAAAUUAAGUACAGGUUUUUUCUGCAGUGGUGUCUGGUAUCCAUGUUUUAUUUCUGGGCACAAGCUAGUUUGUUUUCAAACCUAUUACCUGUUGGACAUUUCUUUUCUCUUGUAUUUUGUUUGAAUGUGCAAUAGUCUAUGGAUCACACAUAAGCUUUCUUGUAAACUCUCUUCCUAACAGGGCACAGAUUCUUCCAUAUUAUAAUCAUUUUUCUCUCCUAUUCUUCCAUAAUUUAAACAUUUUUCUCCACCAUCUCCUAUACUUUUUAUAGGUCAAUUCUGUGACAGUGAAUUUUGCACAGGAGAAAGCAGCUACCCGAUAUCUGCUUUCUUUCUCCUUAUGGAGAGUGCAGAAACAUUGUCUCAAAGGGCUCUGAAGAAGGAACUGCCGAAACCAAAGAAAUGGAAUGCCAUUUCUUUUAACCUUCCAAAUCUUAAAAAUUUCCUUCCGGGCAUUUUAAUAAAUAUGUUUGGUUCUGGUUGAAAGUUCAUAAGAGAGCAUAGAACAAAGUACGGGAAAUCAAAAUGUUUUUUCCAUUUUAUUUUAUUUUUCUAUGUAUGUUUAUGUUCCGUAUUCAUUUAUUUUAAAAAUACAUUUUUAUCAAAACGCGUAGAGCUAAACUUACAUGAAAUUUUUAAGUAAGUUUAUGGUUAAGACAAUAUAGUGUCAUAACCUUCAUCUCUAAAAAGGUCAUUUUUGACUCAAAUAAAAUUACAUUUCCUGUUUAUAACUUUAAAAGUAAUUCAUAGUCUUCAACCUGUAGUAUCUUGUAUUUUGUUCCCAAGCAAAGCCUGGCAAGUUUACCUGAAAAUGAUUCCUCUUCCCAUGACCUAAAACACUGUGUAGAGAAAUCAUCCCGCUGGCUCAAGCAUCCCUGUGGGAGUAAGGCUGCUGCCAAACUUACCUUUUUGAGCAAACUGAGAUUUACCAUCUUUCUUUGCAAAACUAUUUCUUUGCUCUCCUGUUUUCACAAUUUCUCCUUUUGCCAGCUUUUCACAUGAUCUUUGACAUGUGAACAGCAUUUAUUAUUUAUAUUUUAAUAGAGCAUACCUUUUAGUGAUAACAUGCCCUUGAAAUUAUACUGUAUUUUAAGGUUUCCUUUGCUUCUUUCAUUACUAAUAAUCUUCUCUAAAAUAGCAACCUUUGUAUUUUUUCAAUAAAGCACUUUUUGACAAAAAGGGAAUUUUUUUCUAAACAGAUUAUUAUCUAUCAAUUUGCAGAGUGAUCUUAUUUUCAGAUUCUGAGUACUUAUUAGACAUUGAUUUCUAAGAAUUUUCUGAAAGAUAAAAAUUAAGAGGAAAACACAAAUCCUCAAUUUCCUGAUUUAGAUUAUUUUCUGAACAGUACUUUUUCAUUUAUAUUCCUGUCUUCAUCAUUUAGCUAAACACAAACUAUAUUUCUCAAUUUUCUGUCCAAAAUAUUUAUGACGUUUUUGUAUAUAAAAGUCUUGUUAUUUGCCAUCUGCCAUGACCUUAUUAGUUAGAUGUUACCGUACUUCCCAUUUAUUCAGCUGCAUUGUUGAACACAGUUCUUAAUUCAUAGAAUUAACCUUAUCUUACUAGUGCCCAGGGUUUCUACCUUUUAUGCUUUACUGGCCCUUCUCUUGAAUCAGACCCUUAACAUAUGUUUUAGUCUCUUGGCAUAUCCUUUUUCUCAUACAGCUAUUAUCUUUUAUCUGUGUAACAAAUUAUUGUAUCCUUCCCAGUAAAUUUUCACUUAGUUCUCUUUACGUGUCUUUCAAAUAGAUUUCAAGGUACUGUUUUCAAACAUUUCUGGGACAACUUCAAAUCAAAAUAUAUUUCAUCUCCAACUUGCAGCAUUGAGGAUAAGUGACCAUUUGAGGUCUAACUCUUCCUGUCAGUAUAGGAGUUACCUUAUGUUCUGAGUAUUUGGGCCAGAUGAUUGUAAGUUUUCCAACAUUUUAACAUUUAAUAAUAAAAUUAUUUUUAAAAUUAAUAUACUAGAGUAAAAGAACUCUGUAUAUUUUCCCAUUUCAUGCAAACAUGUUUAAAACAGUUUAUUCAGUUGUUUUAUUAGACUGUUGAAAGAGUAGGAAAGGUAGAAAGUGCAUAUUAUUUUAAUAAAUCUUAGAUUAUAUUUUAUAUCCAAUUUUUAGAAUCUGUAUUAUACAAGCAAGCAAAAUCACUUUAAGUGACUAAUGACUCAAAUAAAUUGCUAAGUGUAUUCAUCCGAUAAUGUAUCAAAGCUGAUAUUCAACUAAAGAAAAUUUUGCAUGUCAAAAAGAAUUUAGGUCCUUUGAGUAAAAGGACAUUCAGUUAACAGAUAUUAAACUUUAUUUCACUAGAUAGUAAGGACCUUAAAAGCAUCAUAAUAGGCAAUCUGUUAAUAGUUCCCUUAACAAAAAUCCUAAUUAUAUGCCAGAAUUAAGUAACUGAAAUAACUUGAUUUGAAUUAUAAUUAGACUAAAAUGACAUAUAUAAAUCCUAAAAACUUUUUCUAAAUGUAUAAUUUAAAAACACUUCUUGUAGAAAGUUAUGAGAAGGAACAUACUAAAUGCUAGGAUACACCUGCAUUGCUGCUUUUAAUCACAGCAACCAGAUGAACAUUAUAAUUGCUAUUCCUACUUUACAGAUGAGGAAACAAAAGAGAAGCUAGGUACUAGUUUGUCCCAGGUUGAAAUCUAGUAAUAGACAAAGCUGGGGUUUUUAACCUGGGUGUGCCUCCCAAAUCAAUUUUUAGCAGUUAGGCAAACAUAAGAUGUGUAGCAUAGACAUAGACAUGUCUAUGCUCAUUGCUGCUUAAGAAAUAAUUACUAACUCAAGACAAAAUUUGAUCCUACACAUGCCAUUGUGAAUCUUAAAAUCAUUUCACCGAACCCAUAGCAUUCUUAUAUUGCAGAGCUAAAGGUAAAAUAAAUUCAAGGGAAAAGUAAAGGUAGCUAUGGGAACAAAAGGCUUUUUCCUAAUUUAUUUCAUACUAGUUUUGCAACAAUUAAUUUAACAUCAAUCUCAUUAGUCCUUUGCCUAUAUCUUCAAAAUGUCUGCUUCAGAAAGUGACUUUAGAAAAUUUGUUAUUCCAGAGAACUAGUUGAGUAGAAUAUAGAAAGAAAAAAGGACAUCUUGGUUUUUUGGGGUUUUUUUUUUUUUGGUUCCAGAGAUCGAACUCGGGUCCUUGCACUUGCGAGGCAGGUGGCAGAACCACUGAGCUCAAUUCCGGACCGAGGACAUCUUGUUUAUAAAGCAGUUUAGUUUAGAAUAAUUUCAAAUGUAUGGGCCGGGGAUUUAGCUCAGUGGUUUUGCCAUCUGCUGCGCAAGCGCAAGGACCCGAGUUCGAUCCCCAGUACCAAAAAAAACCCAAAAUGUAUGUUAGUUCUGAAUGUGAAAAUAGAGGUACUGUACUCAAGUAUAUGUUUCAGUGGGAAUUCUCACAAAAUUUGGUAAAUAAUUGAAUGUAAAAUAUUUUCAAGUUUUGCUUGAAAAUGGAAUACCUGGUAGGCCCCAGCUAUUAUAGUGAACUUCCUAGUCUCUGUAACUCUUUCUUGAAAGUUAUUUAAAAUGGAAAAAUAUUUCAGUACUUUGUUUCCUUUUUUCAUAUUUAUGGACAUAAAUAUUUCAUUGGAGGUUGUUAACUCCUAGAACUUGACAUUAAAUUGUACUCUAUACCAUAUUUUAUAAGUUUAUGUUGAACUUACUCCUAGUUUUAUGGAGGUUAUUACAAAAUUAUUCAUAAAUUGCUUUAUAUAUUAAUUUAUCUUACCAGCUAACUCCUUAAAGUUACAAUCUGUACAUGCAUUACUUGAUUAUCUAGAUCAUUCUAGAAAUUGUGUAACAUUCCCACAUCCAGAAAUCUCUUUCAGGCUUGAGAUGUUUCUAAAUAUUCAUACCCUUGACUGGCAGUGUUCUUUUCAGCAGAUAAAAUUGCAUUUUAGCUUUUAGAUUAUGAACUAUGCAAACUUUCCCCACAGUUACCUUACAUUAUCCUCUCCUAAAUAAACUCAUGGUUAAAUAAAUCUGAUAAUCAUUGAACUAGUAACACAAAAGUUACUAUCAAAAGAAGGCUUUUAUAGAAAGUUUCCAAAUUAACGUACAAGAAACGUGUAGCCCACAAGAUGGUAUAGUGCACCUCCUACCCAUUCCUCUUUUUAAAUCACCUCAUUGUUUAUGUCUCACUUUAUCCCUCUGCUAUCUGACUUGUAAUCUAUGUGUCAGGGAAGUUUUCAUGUCUAGUCUGUCUCCUUGUUUUAACUUUAAAUCUAUUUCUCUAGCCCAGUAGGAAAGAAAGAACAGUUGCUCCACUCCCCAAUAUUGUUAUUCUAGUAUGCUUCAGGCUGCUGAGUUACCAUCUAAAAUCUCAGUUCUUCCAGAUAAAAUUGUCACAUUUCCUUUAGCUUUUUCUCAUUGGUCCCAUUUUAAUGACUUUAUUUAUAUUUAAGAGAACAUUAAUUACUCCAGUUAAAUAAUAUUUCAAUGGUUUGAUAUAAUUGAGAGUUAAUAUGUUAUCAUUUGAUAUUGAAUGCAACCAUCAAACCACCAGGAAAUUGGCGCUUAGUUUUUGUAUUAUCUAACAUUUUCUAUUAAAUUUUGGGAGUUUUAUGAAUUUCACUAGCUGUAACUAAAAAGCUAUGCAUACAGAAUUGUAUAACAUUUUGCUAUUAAAAUUGUUUACCCUAUAUUGCAGUAGGCUUAGUGUUAUGAUUGAGCCACAACAAUGUUUUAUAUGUUCCUUUAUAUCAAAUAUUGUAUUAAACACUACAUACAAGUUAACUUUCAAAAACAAACCCUAGAGAAAUUAGGUAUUAUCGAUGAACAUUUUUGAGGACCACUUUUGAAAUACUUUUGUUUCACAACAUAGACUUAAAUGACCGAGUAAAGUUGAGUGUUUGUAUAGAAAGAAAAAUUUACAAAUUUAUCAGAUACAUUUGAACAUACUUACAGAUUUAUGCUGUAAAUUAAAAUUAUUCCCAAAAUAAAUAUAUUGUAUCUUUAAAAAUUCCAGUUCCAUUAUUACUGUGACACAGUAUUUGUGAUAUUACUAUUAAAAAUUAUAAACAUAUACAUUUAUUUUUAAAACUCAAUUUGAAACCCACAUUAAAGUAUGGGUAAGAGGGCCGGGGAUUUAGCUCAGUGGUUCCGGUGCCUGCCUCGAAAGCACAAGGUCCCAAGUUUGAUCCCCGGUACCAAAUAAAUAAAUAAAUAAAGUGUGGGUAAGAAAAGGAAUCUUUAGAGCUCAGUUAUUUCAUUAGGGAUGUCCAGUUUAUGACUAAUUUUUUUCUUUUGACAAUACUGAGGAUUGAACUCAGGGGCUUCACACUGAGCUACCAUCUCCAGCCCCAGGCUAGGCUCACAUUUGAAAUACUGCCUCUGCCUCUCAGUGUGCUUGAAUUACAGGCAUUCACGACCACACCCAGCUCUAUGAUUGGAUUUUUAACAAAAUUAGAGUACCUGAAAUUACAAUUUGAUUUUUUUCAAACACAUUGGUUUAUCCAUUUAUUUGUACAUUAGAUUUCAGAAGCAUUUUUAUGUUUCAGAAUCACACAUGAUAUUACUUAAAAACUCAGGGCCCCUUUUAUCCCUUUGUACACUGAAAAAGUUCAAUUAGUACAAGCAAGGAAUUAAGUCCAGUUGAAUAAAAUGUUUGUUGCACAGUUCAUUUAAUGUUUCAUUUAUUUGACUUAAUUCAUAUAGUAUCAAUUUCAUUAAUCAUAAAAACUCACCCAGUUCUGUACUGAAUAGAAGGAAUGAUUCAACUAAUUGGCUGCUUGUUCUAGCAAAUUUAGGUCUUUGAGUUGAAACACCAGCUUAAAACCUCUCUGUUCUUUGGCUAAAUGGCUGGGCAGAAUGAGACAAAUCACUUCAUUUUGUUUUGUUUGUUUAAAAGAAGAAUGUAGUAAAGUAAUUCCUCUGAGGUAAAAUCUUGAGUGGUAAUUUAACAUUACAAAUCUUCUAAAAGUGAACUAAUGAGUUUAUAGCUAUAGUAAUGGUGUGGACGAUUUUGUGAAAGUGAUCUAUGGUAACCUGUGUAUCCCAUUGUCAGGCCCAAUCAGAAUUCUUUAAACCAGACAAGCUCAAUAUCUCAUUUGGUAUGCUGUAUAUUUAAAUCCUAGCAGUGAAGUUAUGUGUAAUCAGUCUCUUGUCUCAGGCUCUCCUUUUUUUUUUUUUAACCAAUCUUCCUAAGUAUGUAAAAGAAACAUUUUUAAAGAAGCUUACCAGUAAAAAAAAAAAAAAUACUGAAUUCCUAAAAGAUGCAAUUCAAAAAUAGGUUAUAAUUUAACAUUGAAUUUCUUGAUUGCUGUGGCUUUUCUUUUUCUGGUCACAUUUAUUUAUUUAAACAAUUUUUGUAUGCCUCUUUUCCAUUUCUGUAGACAUAUUAUGUAAGCAUUUGUGUAAGCUGGAAUCAUCCUUAAGUUUUCUGUUGACAAUUUUUCAAAUGAAGAUACAUGGAUAAUUGUAAAAUACACUAACUCUUAGGGUGUUAUAGUAGCUGAAAACGAGAUGUGUAGCUGCCAUGCUUUUGCUGAAUGGACAGGAGAAACAAGCUACAGAGUAUUUGUUUCUGAGGAUGCUUUUCUGGAAAAAGGUUGAAAAAUAUUGGCACUUCCUCAGAACCCUCUUUCUUGUUAACGGGUAUCUUUUGUUGGUGUGUUUUGCUCUUAACAUUAAAAAUAGUGUCAUUAUGAAUUAAUGAAUAAUUACUUUCAGUUAUUUUGCUUUUGUAUAAGCUGUCUGAGACCUUGCUAUGCAGUAUAAGUUGUGUUUGAUGGAUCAGUGUGAGUAUGAAAUAAAGCAAAUCACUUUUCUUUUGUAUUAUCUAUGGAUGCCACUAUGAAAGCUGACAUUAAGCCACUAAAGAGUUUUCUAUGAAUAAGUGUAAGUAAAUGCUUUGAUAUAUAUAAACCUAAAUAAAAAGAUUGUAUUGAUACAAAGACAUUGGAGAAGGAGAUUUUAAGACCGUUCUUUAGGUUUAAAAAGGCUUGCUGUAAAAUGGUGCAUUAUUCCAUUUAUUAAAGAUCAUAUUAAUGACAACA